GCCUCCGCUAACUUUCCUCCCGGAGCAGUGAGCGACUAUGAGCUAACGCGGCUCCCUCGUCUCACUCCCGCGGGCUCCGCCGUGAAGUUGACGCGUCCGCGGAGCCGCCUCUCGGCUCCGUCCAAACCCGCCGCGGAGAAAACGCAGCUUUUCGAUGCGCCGCACACUUUUCGCCGCAUGUUCGACAACAGCGCCAUUUUCCGCUGCGAACUCCCGUCGGAAACGAGUCGCUCGACCCAACCUACAGCGACCGAGACGCGGCGUCGCUGGGUGCCGUUCUCUCCAAAGGGGAUUUGCUGAAUGAAACUUUAUCCGCGUUCCUCCCGAAGGACUGGACCCACGCGUGCGGGAGCCGUUUUUGCCCCAGACUUCCGCCGAGCAACGCGGGAUUAAGGAUGUUUGGUCACGUCAAGUUGCAGGGCGGGAGGUUAACGACGAUGUCAGGGGUCGCUGGUUUUGGAAAAUGAUCACUGGCAGCACCGACGGUAAAAUAAUGGUCAGACGAUGCCUAGUGACGUUCAAGCCAUUCAGGAUAUUCGUGGUGGGAAUAGGCUUCUUCAGCCUCUGCUUUCUAAUGACCUCCCUGGGGGGGCAAUUCUCAGCCAAGAGACUGGGGGACUCCCCGUUCACCAUCCGCACAGAAGUGCUGGGGGGCAUGGAGUCACGCGGCGUGCUGAGGAAGAUCAGUGACAUGCUGGAGGUGAUUCUGAAGCGGAUGGACAGCCUGUCCAAACUCGACAACACCUCCACCACAGAGGCGCGGCGUCUGGAUGAGCUCAGCUCGGCCAUCAACAGGUUUCAGCCAGCCGGACUGGUGGAGAGAAUCCAAGCCAUAGCCCAGAACGUCUCCAACAUGGCCAUCCGAGUGGAGCAGAUAUUACAGACCAGCAUGAUGCAAGGACGAGCAGUGAGAGACGGGACAUCGAGCCAGUGUGAUGUACCAAGGGACCCUCGCUUCCCAGAGUGCCCUGGGAAAGUAGACUGGAUGCGAGCACGCUGGACGUCGGACCCUUGCUAUGCCUUCUAUGGGGUUGAUGGGUCAGACUGUUCCUUCCUCAUUUACCUGAGCGAGGUGGAGUGGUUCUGCCCCCCACUGGCCUGGAGGAACCACAGCAGCCCUCCCACCCAGCAUGCCGAGCUGCCCAAGGCUCCCAAGAGGCAGGCUGCUUUCCGCACCAACCUCUCUGUGCUGCUGGACCAAGUCGGGUCGGGAAAGGAGUCUCUCAGCUUCAUGAAGCGCAGGAUCCGGCGACUCGCACAGCAGUGGGCGACAGCUGCCAACCGCCUAGACGCCAAGUUGGAGCAGCGAUGGAGGGACCAGAAGAAGAUCCUGGUCCACGUAGGCUUCCUGACCGAGGAGUCUGGAGACGUUUUCAGUCCAAAGGUGCUGAAGGGAGGUCCUCUGGGAGAGAUGGUCCAGUGGGCGGACAUCCUCACCGCCCUCCAUGUUCUGGGACAUAACCUCAAAAUCUCCAUGUCUGUCAAGGAGCUACAGGGGUUCCUCGGCGUGCCUCCAGGCAGAGGCAGUUGCCCACUCACUGGCCCGCUGCCCUUCGACCUCAUCUACACAGACUACCACGGCCUGCAGCAGAUGAAGCAGCACAUGGGGCUCUCGCUCAAGAAACACAAGUGUCACAUCCGCGUUAUCGACACCUUCGGCACCGAGCCGGCCUACAACCACGAGGAGUACGCCACCCUGCACGGCUACCGGACCAACUGGGGCUACUGGAACCUCAACGCCAGGCAGUACAUGACCAUGUUCCCUCACACGCCGGACAACUCCUUCAUGGGCUUCGUCUCGGAGGAGCUCAACGGCACGGAGAAGAGGAGCAUCCGGCAGAGCAAGGUCUCCAACAUGGCGGUCGUGUACGGGAAGGAGGCCAGCAUGUGGAAGGGUAAGGAAGGCUUCCUGCAGAUCCUCCACAGGUACAUGGAGGUGCACGGCACGGUGUACUACGAGACCCAGAGGCCUCCGGAGGUGCCCGCCUUCGUGAAGAACCACGGCCUGCUGCCUCAGCACGAGCUGCAGCAGCUGCUGCGCAAGGCCAAGCUCUUCAUCGGCUUCGGUUUCCCCUACGAGGGCCCGGCUCCUCUCGAGGCUAUAGCCAACGGCUGCAUCUUCCUCCAGCCCAGGUUCCGCCCACCUCACAGCUCACUGAAUCAUGAGUUUUUCCGAGGCAAGCCCACAUCUAGAGAGGUGUCGUCCCAGCACCCGUACGCGGAGCAGCACAUCGGCAGGCCGCACGUCAUGACAGUGGACUACAACAACUCCGUGGAGUUCGAGGCCGCCAUCAGGGACAUCAUGAGCACCCAGGUGGAGCCGUUUCUGCCUUACGAGUACACCUGUGAGGGGAUGCUGGAGCGGGUCCACGCCUACAUACAGCACCAGGACUUCUGCUCCCCAGAGCCUCCCUUCAUGCCAGCCAACGUCUCCAGACAGGGGCUCCUUGGCGGUGGCUUCACGGGGCCCCUGUUUGUGGCCCGGCCCAAUUCCACCGCCCUGGGCUGGGCGUCCAACGCGACGGCGCCCCCCGCCUGGCCCCCGCUCGCCUCCCUGCGGCUGCUCGUGUCUCAGGACGGCCAGUCGUGCGUGGAGGCGUGCCAGGCGGCCGCCUUGGUCUGCGAGCCCGCCCACUUCCGCUUCAUCAACAACAAGGAGGCCCUGCGUGGGUUGAAGGUGCAGUGCGAGGUCAUCGACUCCGAGGUCAACCACAUCCUGCCGGCCUUCUCGGUGGUGCGGCGCGAGUGCGGCCUCCAGCGGGAGCCUCUCCUCUUCAGCUGCGCCGGACACUCCCCCAAAUACAGGCGCCUGUGUCCCUGCAGGGACUUCCAGCGCGGCCAGGUGGCGCUGUGCCGGGACUGUCUGUAACUGCCCGACGGGUGGAGGGCGGUCACGGGCGGAUCCGAGACAGACUGGCAGGGGAGGAGCGAGGACGGUGGGCGGCAGCCGCGGGUCGGAGCGGGUCAGAGCGGCGCCGCCGAGUCCGGGCUUCGCCUCGGAACGGUGAACGCUGGAGGCGAACAGGCUUGGAGGGGUGUGAGGAGCUUAAAGUAGCGUCCAGGCUGAUUGUCAUUGACUGUAGUUGUUCAGGCAGCUGUUACUCAACAGGCUGGAGACGUUGUGUUCAACUACAGGUGGGAUGUUACAGGCCGGUUAUGAGCCACUAGCCAACAACCAUGAACCGGGAUGCUGAGGGGUCAUGUGAUUCACCACAUUUGCUUUUUGGACCAGCGUCAUAGAAAUAAUAAUUGGAAACUCUGUAUUUGGACUAAAGUGCCAUUCCGUGACAGAGUCUUCAAAUAUGGUGUCUUAAAGAAGGUAACCUCGGGUCAAUAUCCAAUCUCCUCCCUGCGCUCGCACAAAGGAUGAUGGACAACCAGGUUAUCUCCCUCGCUUUUAUUUGCCUCCUCCAAUGAUGGACAAAGUCAUUUAUCAGACCGAUCCUGAAGUCUGAGGCAACAUCGGUCAAUGCAAUCAUCUCUGGUCACAAAAUGAAAGGAGGUGGAGCACAGAGGACAAAGAUAAAGGGUAAAAGAUUAUUUUUCAAUAAAUAAGCCUUUAGAGCUUUCAACUGGAUUUUUAAAGUGUCCUCUGAGCUUUAUGAUGAAAAAAAAUCACCUAAUAAAAAACUGGAAUCAAA